GGAAUUUGUGUUCUAUUCGACCAUCUCCACCAUAUAAGGCGGUGACAUUAAUGUCCGAUUGCAGGCACAAGAAGGCAGCUGCAACAUCACAGGGCACAACUACCCGUCACUCUCUCUCUCUCUCCUCCACCCUUCUUCCUUCCUUCCCUGUCAACCAAAGCCAAAGAGGCAGAUCGAAAGGAAUCUCUACCCUCCAAGAUCAAGUCCAUUCCAUCCAUGUCUCUGGCUCCUUGGCCCAUCCUGGACCAGGAGCGAGUGAGUCAUAGGAGGGUGGAGGAAACCAAGGCCUAAGGAAAAAGGAGCAUCGGUAGGAUGAGGUGAGAAAUCAAAAAAGGGGAGAAAUGAUAGAAUGAAGAAGCGAGCGAGUGUCUUCGGAUGUGCAUCACCAUUCACCCAACCGAACCUCUCCUCUCCUCUUUCUCUCUCACACACAAUGCUACUGCUCCGAGGUUGCCAGAUUUGCCCCUCUGAAGACCAGAAAACCCUCCAUCCAUCUCCACCGAGCAGCAAAUUGCCAGCCCUUCUCCUGUUCCUGUGUGCAAUUUAUAUGGGCCUUUUGGUCAUGGCCAGACCUCAGAAAAUUGAGGGAGGAGCAAACCCCACCACGUCUGCUUCUACCAUCACCCCUUGCCAAGGAGGAGCCUUUCCCCAUAUGUGGCCUGCGUGCUAGGGUUUCGCUCCACUUCCGCCUCCAAAGGUGAGAUUUGGGUGCCGCCGCGAUGAGGAAAGGCCAGAAGUUAAGCGAGGAGGCCAAGGCAAGGAUCAGGCAUCAGAGUCUCUUGCGGGAUUAUGGAGAUCUGGUCGAGGAAACUGAAGCAAAGAGGAAGAAACUGCAGAUAGCUAAUCAGAAGAAGCUUAAACUUCUUGCUGAAGUGAAAUUCUUGCAGAGACGGUACAAAAGCCUAUCCCAGAAUCCAUCUGGAACUAAACAAUUGAGGCUGAAAAAGAAAUCACAGAGUCAGUCCUUGAUUGGCCAACCUUCAAAUGCAAAUGCAUUUCCUCAACUCCCUGCUAAAGACCAAAGAUCAAAACUGAGAGAUGCUGAUACUCCAAGCACUUCUGCCCUGAUAGACCUGAAUCAGGUCUUGUUGCCAAUUGGUGAGGAUACAGAGGAGUAUCCGUCCAGCUUCAGCGUCGAGCCUAUGAAGUCUGAUAAGUUGAGGAAGAGUUUAGUGGAAGACAAUUCUGUGGCUAAUGAUCUCAACCUUUCGAUUUGUCGUGAUGUUGUACAUGAAUCAUCAAACAAGGUGGCAAAGAGAAAGAUUACAUGGCAAGAUCAGUUAGCUUUGAGGGUGUAGAUUAAUCUCCUAUCGCAGAAAGGGCUAAAAAUCUAAGCCCUUCACUGAUUUAAUUUAUGUUUGAUGGAAAUAUUUAUGUAAAGAAAGGCUAGAGAUACUUCAUCUUAUACAUGGUGUUUUAUUCA